CUCGGUGUCACGUCAUGUGACUCUGUCCUAAACAGGAAGUAGCUAAAUCUGACUUCGUUGGCUGCUUCUCUUUAAUGUGUCUCACUUACACGGCACAAAGGAAUGGACAUAGUAUCGACUGCCUAAGUAUUAGAAACACAUCACAGAAGAAAAGCGUCACCUGACCUGCUGCGCAGACGAAAACUACACGUCGUGUCUGUUGCAGAGUGUGAUGUCCAGCACAGCAAUGAAGAAAAAGGUACUGCUAAUGGGGAAAAGUGGGUCUGGAAAGACCAGCAUGAGAUCAAUCAUUUUUGCUAAUUACAUUGCUAGAGACACACGCCGCCUAGGAGCUACAAUUGACGUGGAGCACUCUCAUGUGCGGUUUCUCGGCAAUCUGGUCCUCAACCUGUGGGACUGCGGAGGCCAGGACACCUUCAUGGAGAACUACUUCACCAGCCAGAGGGACAACAUCUUCAGAAACGUAGAAGUUCUUAUUUAUGUGUUUGAUGUGGAGAGCCGUGAACUGGAGAAAGAUAUGCACUACUACCAGUCAUGUCUGGAAGCCAUCCUGCAGAACUCCCCUGACGCAAAAGUGUUUUGCCUUGUUCACAAAAUGGACCUGGUGCAGGAAGACCAGAGAGACCUGAUCUUUAAGGAGCGUGAAGAAGACCUAAAAAGACUGUCCAGACCUUUGGCUUGCACAUGUUUUAGGACAUCGAUCUGGGAUGAGACUUUGUAUAAGGCCUGGUCCAGUAUCGUGUACCAGCUGAUCCCAAACGUGCAGCAGCUAGAGACAAACCUGAGGAAUUUUGCACAAAUCAUUGAAGCAGAUGAAGUUCUUUUGUUUGAGAGAGCCACAUUCCUGGUAAUCUCUCACUAUCAGUGCAAAGAGCAGCGUGAUGCUCACAGAUUUGAGAAGAUCAGUAACAUUAUCAAACAGUUUAAACUCAGUUGUAGUAAACUCGCAGCAUCUUUUCAAAGCAUGGAAGUGAGAAACUCCAACUUUGCAGCUUUUAUCGACAUCUUUACCUCCAAUACAUACGUCAUGGUCAUCAUGUCGGAUCCAUCGAUUCCAUCUGCAGCCACUCUCAUCAACAUCCGCAAUGCUAGGAAACACUUUGAGAAGUUGGAGCGAGUAGAUGGACCGAAGCAUGGUCUGCACAUGAGGAUGCGUUGACCUUUUCCCACUGGAUAAUCUCAGCCUAUCACCACCCAGAACACCAAUGGCAUGCUGUGGUCUUUCAUUUUACAGAAACAAAAAAAAAAUCAGGCCUGCACCAUUUCCUCUGUUUCUUCACAUCCAAUCACAUAUGUUACUUUUAUUUUCUAUGGAUCUAAUUUCUAUAAGUGAGUAAGAGAAACAUAACCUUAUGAAAUCUUUGUCCCACUUAUGCCAAAUAAAGGAAAAAUAAAGUGGCA